AGGAGGAGGAAGAUAGUGACCAAUGACUUUCUUGGUUUCGAAGAAAACAUGUACCACUCUGCACUUUGGUCCACACCUUCUUCCACCAACGGCCGUGACAGUGAGGCUAUGUACAAUGAGACCAUCACACAGUCUAGUGAUGCCAAGCCAAAGGAGGUCAAUAAGUGUAACCAGCUAGAGCUGAAGGGUCUGGAGUCUAUCGCCCCUCUGGUGCGGUCCGUGGAGGAGACCCCAGAGCCCAUCUCCACAGAGGUGCGUGGGACCAUCCCUACCUGGAUCCGAGGCAGCCUCCUCCGCAACGGCCCAGGGAAGUUUGAGUUCGGAAACCAACACUACAACCACUGGUUUGAUGGGAUGGCCAUGCUGCACCAGUUUAAGAUUGAGGAUGGCAAGGUGACCUAUAGGAGUCGCUUCCUGCAGAGUGAUGCCUAUAAGAAGAACAGCGCGAGGGACCGCAUCAUGGUGUCAGAGUUUGGCACGGUGGCCAUGCCCGACCCCUGCAAGAACUUCUUCAUGCGUUUCCUCUCUCGCUUCGAAAUACCAGAGGCCACAGACAAUGCCAGUGUUAGCUUUGUAAAGUACAAGGGAGACUGCUUUGUCAGCACUGAGACCAACUACAUGUACAGGGUGGACCCAGAGAGCCUGGAGACACGGGAUAAGGUGGACUGGACAAAGUUUAUUGCUGUGAAUACGGCCACUGCUCAUCCUCACACUGAACCAGACGGCACUACAUACAACAUGGGCAACUCUUAUGGCAGAAAAGGUGCCUUGUAUAACAUAAUCAAAGUGCCCCCUAAGAAGAACAAUCCUGAAGAAACUCUGGAGGGGGCUGAAGUGCUCUGCUCUAUUGUCCCUGUAGACAAGGCCAGGCCCUCCUACUUCCACAGCUUCGCCAUGUCAGAGAACUAUGUGGUAUUCAUAGAGCAGCCUAUCAAAAUGGACCCGCUGAAGAUCAUCACAGCCAAGAAGAGGGGGGAGAGCAUCUGUGAGGGGUUCUACUGGGACCCCAAGCAAGAUACUGUCUUCCACCUGGUUGACAAACACACAGGACAGACCAACUCUGUAAAGUUCCACACCAAGGCUCUGUCAGUGUUCCACCAGAUCAAUGCUUAUGAGGAGGACGGCUUCCUAAUGCUGGACAUGUGUUGCUCUGACAAUGGGGUGGCCCUUAACAACUACCUCAUCCAGAACCUACGCAAGUCAGGGAAGGCUCUCGAUCAGGUCUACAACACCAUGUACAAAGCUUUUCCCCGGCGCUUUGUUCUGCCCCUCAAUGUGACCAACGACACACCGACAGGUGUGAACCUCAACACACGUCCCACCAGCUCUGCCACUUCUUUCAAAACAGCUAAAGAUAAGGUGGUGUGCCAGUUUGAGGCUCUCCAUGGAGAGGACCUUUAUGAGUACGGAGGCCUGGAGUUCCCUCAGAUCAACUACAGCAAGUUCAACACACGGCCCUAUCGCUACUUCUACGGCUGUGGCUUCAGGCACCUGGUGGGAGACUCAAUCCUCAAGAUUGACCUGGAGGGAAAGAAAGUCGAGGUGUGGUACCAGAAGGGUUUGUUCCCCUCAGAGCCUGUGUUCGUCCCCUCGCCAGACGCCGUGGAGGAGGACGAUGGGGUCAUCCUGUCCGUGGUGGUCACGCCCACUGAGGAUAAGAGGACAUUCCUCCUGGUUCUGAAUGCCAGGACAUGGGAGGAGCUGGGGAGAGCUGAGGUGCCUGUCAACGUUCCUUACGGUUUCCGGGGCCUUCAACCCCACCGCCUAGAUCAGUGAUACUGACCUACCAACUACCCCUAUCUCCCUUCCUCCCUCCCAUUCCCUUUUCUGUCCAUGCAGGCACAUGCCCAGAAAGGAGUCUACCUGUGCUCAGCUCAUACACAUGCCCCUCUCCCACUCGCCAAGUGCCCUUUUGGGUGGUGGUAUAAUGACGUUUUUUGUAUACAGUUAUUGUGGUUCUUCUGAACCAACUGCCCGAAAGUCCCCCCCCAUCCCCUGUUCUCCUUCCAUUCCUUCCUCCCUCCUUACUUCCUCCCUUAUACAACCCACUGUCAUGAAACCCUCAUGGUCAAACCCACUUAAACCCCCAGAAAAAGGAUCAAGCAAGGGGGCUGCCUUCCUGUGCGAUGCAUGCAGGACCUGCGUGUUGUGGCAGAGAUCAUUGCAGCACAGUUGGCAUUUUAUUCAUGCUGAGGACCGUAAGUGGGCACAGACAGACACCUAUGGGAUGAAAAAGGUUUUGUGUCCUGCAGAUAAUUUGGAAAUGGUUGUCUUUUUGCUUUGUAUGAGUUAGCCUACCUUUUGUAUUAAAAACAACUUUUUCCCACGUUA